GCUCGGCCGCCGGGGCGCGGAGGGUGGGCGGCAGCUUGUGCUGCGACUGAGUUCCCCAGAGGCUGCCAGGUUUCCGCCGGAGCUGCGGGACGUGGCAGGGCGGUGUCUCACACGGGGCGCGGGGAACCCCGGCACGGCGCGCCCGGGCAGGACGGGGUGACAGUAGCGGCAUCUUCGGCGUCGCGAAAAUGGGCGCUGGGCUUCCCCCUCUCAUCUCGUUGUCCCCCUCCAGAGUGAGCGCUGUGACUGUAAGAAGGGGUUGGCAAGUUUAAUGUCACGGGCCUGGCAAAAUACUCCGAAUAACCUAUUUAGACCCCUCUAUAGCUUGCAGUUCUGCAGGAAGAAAUAUCUUCACUGGAAGUUCUGAUAAACCUGAACAUGAACAGUGGGUAGAGAAAAAGAAAGCUGCACAUAUGCAGAAGUGGUAGCUGCUGUUGAUGUGAACACUCUUGCCAAUGAUGUUUAUAAGCACAACUUUCCCAGCACGCCGUUAUGGGCAAAGACUAUCGAGGGCAUAACACUGGAAGAAUUUGACAGAUUAUCUUUUGAUAUGAUUUUGAUGAGUCCUCCCUGUCAGCCUUUUACAAGAAUUGGCCGGCAAGGUGACGUGUCCGAUCCACGGACUAAGAGCUUUCUCUAUAUCCUUGAUAUUCUCCCAAGGCUUCAAAAGCUUCCAAAAUACCUACUUUUAGAAAAUGUUAAAGGAUUUGAAUCCUCUUCUGCAAGAAACGAACUUUUGCAAACACUAGCAACAUGUGGAUUUAAAUAUCAGGAAUUUCUCUUGUCUCCAACCUGUCUUGGCAUUCCCAAUUCCAGGCUGCGGUAUUUUCUAAUUGCAAAGCUUCACCAAGAACCAUUUUCCUUUCAAGCUCCUGGACAAAUAUUGACAAGAUUCCCAGAUCAGGAUCCAGCAGAUUUACUCAAGGAAAAAGGUGCCGACAAAGUGGGUGAAACUAGUUCUUUUUUGUCCUCUGAGGAGAAGAAUCUGGAUCCAAACACUGGUCCAGAUUGCAGCAGCAAGAAGAGUUUACCAAAAGGGGCCUUUCUAUUUAAGCUUGAAACAGUAGAAGAGAUGGAAAGGAAACAUAAUCAGGAUAAUGAUUCCUCUAUUCAAAUGCUAAAAGACUUCUUGGAAGAGGAAAAUGAAGAAAUAAGUCAAUAUUUCUUACCACCAAAAUCCUUACUGCGCUAUGCUCUCUUGUUAGACAUUGUCAAACCCACCUGCCGGAGAUCCACGUGCUUUACAAAAGGGUAUGGACACUAUGUCGAAGGGACCGGCUCAGUUCUGCAGACAGCAGUAGAUGUACAGCUUGAAUCUGUGUUUAAACACAUUGACAAGUUGUCGGAAGAAGAGAAGCUUAUGAAAUUGUCAACACUAAAACUGAGGUACUUUACUCCAAGAGAAAUAGCAAAUCUUCAUGGAUUCCCUUUGGAAUUUGGUUUUCCUGAAAAGGUAACAGUGAAGCAAUGCUAUCGUCUUCUGGGAAACAGCCUCAACGUACAUGUGGUGGCAAAAUUGAUCUCCAUUCUACUUGAAUAAUUUAGAACCUGAAACUGGUGCAUAUGGACUGGUGGCAGAAAAUACUUCCAUCUUUUAGGAGAAAGCUGAUGGAACCUGGACAAGUACCAGAGCUUAUCAAGAUACUUGUCCAGACAUUUUGCUGAACAGUUUUGAUAUAUUUUUUUAACUUGCAUUCAUGAUGGAUUUAAACUGUAUAGGUGUUUUAUUUAAACAGCAGUUUGCAGGACUUAAUUGCUUGAUUUAAUUGUCAUUUUUAGUUUGCAGAAUGAAAAAUAGCAGCACAUGCAAAUACUUCAAUGAGAAAGGAUAAGAUUAUUUUAUUUUAUUUUACUUUAUUUAAUUUUUUAUCCUAAAACCAUUUUCUCAGUACUGUGUGAAACUGUGUCCAAGCUGUUUUAAUUAGCUGCAGAGAUCAAGUUCUCUGUGUAAAACGUCUUCAUCUUUAAACAUAAGUGAUCCAUUCUGAGAAGACUUACUGUAUAUAUGAUCUGAAGUUUUGAUGUGGUUUUUUAGCUCAUGAAACUAAUAAAUUCAGUAUUUUAUAUACAA